AUGAAACUCAUAGCAAGAGAAUCCUCCAUGAACUCCAGUUAUGAACUCUUUAGUGAUGAAAACAAUAUGGAAGAUGAUUGGAUAGAUCAAGGAGAAGGAGAUGACUCCAUGGAUUCACCUUGGGAAGGGGCAAUUUUGUACCAAAGGAACCCUUCAAUCUACCACAUUGAGUAUUGCACAACCUUAGAAAGAUUAGGAUUAGUACAUCUUUCUACUGAUGUUUCAAGAUCUCGAGCUUCUUUAAUGGGAUCACGUGUCACAAAGUCAGUGAAGGAUUAUCCACAUGGAACACCUGUCUUGAUAUCCAUGGAUGUUACCAGAAAGAAGCACAACUUAAAGCUUGAUGGGAUCAUACGAACAAUCAUAACUCUUGGAUGCAACAGGUGUGGUGGAUCUGCUGCUGAUUGUGUGUUCUCUAAUUUCUCGAUUCUACGUGAAGAGCCAAUAGAAGAUCCUAAAACAAUAAACAUGGGAGUAAUUUAUGGUCAAAGUAAGGUCAAUGGAACUAAAGAAGAAGAAGAAGAAGAUUUAGCAUCUGUUGACUUAGAUGACUUGACUUAGAUGACUGGUUGUAUUUCCCUCCUGAAGAGAAAGUGAUAGACAUAUCAAAGAAUGUAAGAGACAUGAUGCAUCUGGAAUAAAGA